CGGCACUACUACAUCGAGAAGUGGCGGCAGGAGAAGGUGGCAAAGAUCAAGCGGCUCUGCCGGAACCCGAAUUUGAAACGGGUGGGCCGGAAACACAUCCACCUGAUGCGUACCGCAGUGAAACUACACAAAUUCAAUGAAACGCGGUUCAACACCGAGAACCAGGAGGAAAUCGCCAAAACGAUCACGAUCCGAGAGGUGCUCGACCCCGACGUCUGCUACGAGCCGGAUGACUGGCGAACGCCGUG